GGGUCAACUUGUGAUGUCAAAAUCUUAUGAGUUUGAAGAGCUAGAAUGUGAUGAGCCCACUCAACAAACUCGUUUUGAAAAAAUUCAAAAUGUUGCUUCUGAUCACUGGAAGGAUAUAUUGAUCGGAGUAUUAUCUCAAAUUAUGUACUUGAGCUUUGUUGUUUUGUUAACCUACUUUUUGGCAAGACAGCAUCUGUGCGAAACAGAACUUUUCACAAGUUCUACAUUGCCAACUAUACCUAUCACAUCUUCACGUUCAAGACCUGAUUCAACGUCUACAUCCACUACAAGGUCGGUUACCAGUACAAUACCAACUCCAUCUGUGGGGAACUACACCUGCACCGAUGGUUUUACUUAUAUCAAUAAUAAAUGCUGGAAAUUGGUCACUAGCUCUCAGAGUAGAGCAGAUGCCGACCAGGCCUGCUAUAAUCUCGGCGGAUCGACCCUUUUUUCGAUUAGAAGCGAUCAGGAAAACCAAGCUGUGCUUGAUUUCGUGAAAAACGAGAAUGUCGAUAACUUGUGGACAGGGUUGAUUUGUGAUGAUCAUGGGCAGUUUCUGUGCACCUGGGAUGUUGAUAGCGGGGACAUCUCAGCUUACAAUAACUUUGCCAAGACUUAUCCAAAUAACGUGACUGGAGGUUGCAUUUACUAUAUGACUACCGGAUCGCAAGCCGGGCAAUGGACAAACGGAGCGUGUAAUAAGGCAUUGAGUUUUGUGUGUGAGCUACCAGCAACUAUUCACGAUGAAACAUGUAAAUACAACUACAACAAUUAUUGCUACAUCACAAACGAUCAACUAAAAAUCUCCAGCGAUGCACAGCAAAUUUGCACAUCAUCUGGUUCCAACUUGGUGUCAAUUCACUCUGCAAAUGAAAAUCGAUUCCUAACGACAAUCUAUUCUCCGCCGGUUUUAGUUGGCGGAGUCGCAUUUUCAAGCAAUUUGAUUCUAUGGUAUGAUGGAACGCCAUCGACUUUUAACAAUAUAAAAUCGAUAACCAAUGGAAAUUGCCUUUUCAUCAAUGAUACCCACGGCGGCUGGUAUGGUUUCGACUGUUUUACUGGAAGUGGUGACUUCAUUUGCAAGCAAAAGAUUCGGGAAAUGUAGCGUCAUAAUCUAAGUCAAUAGCGGUGACAACUCGUCUCGUUCUCUUAUCAACUUGGUAUUAGUCCCUAAUAACUCAAUUUGUUUAAAAUAAACCUAUUAAUUUUAUGAUUCGUUGUGAUAAUCCUAAGAGGAGAACAAAAUGUAAUAAUAAUUUCCACAGUUGGUCUGAAA